AUGGCAAGUAAGGUGAUUAGUUCUGCUGGGAAAAAUUGUUUUACGGUGAUCAUUUUCAACAUUCCAGAGCUUCUACAUCAUAAGGGUCUUUGGCUGUUAUUCGAUAAAUAUGGAGAGGUGGUCGAUUCUUUCAUCCCUAACAAAAAAAGCAAGGGAGGAAGUAGGUUUGGCUUUGUUCGUUUCACCUGCUUGAAGGACGCAAGGAAGGCUAUCAACUAUGUUGACAGAUCUAGGAUUCGUGGUAAUGAAGUUAGAGUUUUCUUGGCCAGAUUUCAACCUAGGGUAGCUUUUUGGAGAAAGAAGUUUUCUGGUUUAAAACCAGCCGAGAUCAAGAGUAAAAGGGAGGAUGUUGGGCAUUCAGAGGCUCCUAUUGUGGGUUCUGUUGACGAGGACAAGCUUUUAACUUGCAGAGGCAACUUGGUAGGGUGGUGCAAAACUUCUUUAAGAUGA